AUGCUGGUCGCCAACGAGACCGUCGCGGACCAUCUCGAGAAACACCGCAUGCCGGCGCUGUUUCGCGUGCACGAAGCACCCGAUCCGACAAAAGUCGCAGAGUUCGAGGCAUUCGCCGCGUCGCUCGGUUUCAGCCUCGGCGUGCCGGCCGAGCGCGUGACACCGGGGCAUUUUCAGCGGCUCUUGCGGCGUGUGCACGGCAAGCCGGAGGAGCGGCCGCUCGCAUUCCUGAUGCUGAGGACGAUGCAGCAGGCGCGCUACGACCCGGCCAACCUGGGACAUUUCGGGCUGGCUGCGCCGGCCUACGCCCACUUCACGUCGCCAAUCCGCCGCUAUCCCGAUCUGGUCGUGCACCGCGCCCUCCGGGAAUUGCGGGCGGAUGCACCCGACACCGAGCGGCGGGAGCGAUGGCGGGAGGAUCUGCCGGAGCUUGCGCGCCGGACGUCGGCCCUGGAACGGCGUGCGGAGGAGGCGGAGCGGGAGAUCGUCCAGUGGAAGAAGGUGCGGUUCAUGGUCCAGAAGGUCGGCGACGAGUUCAACGGCAAUGUCAUCGGGGUGACGGCGCCUUUGGGUUGUUCGUGGAGUUGA